AUGCAGGCAAAACCGUACCCUCAUCGCCCUUAUGCGGUAGGCCUGCGCGCGGUCCGUCGCUGCUCGGACGACUGGAAACCGGCCUGGACGGUGUUUCCCUUGAAGGCGUUCCGGGGAUCGAGCUAUGCCUACCUGAAGAUUCAGUCGCACUGGGACGACGCGGACUUGCUGCGGGAGCUCAGCCGCUCAUAUGACAAGCUGCGCACGGUGUGGCGGAAAUGGUUCUCGCUGCGAGGCGUUCGAUCAAUCACUAUGGUCUACGUACGCAUUCCUCUCGCUCUCGCCUCUGCUGCCGACCACACAUUUGUCUAUCCGCGACGUGUUGGGCCCGCGGGCGUCAGCCCAGCGAAGAACAUGCGUCUCCGCUGGUUCCUACACCACCCCGAACAGAUGCGCGGCCGACACGAGUUCAUGCAGGUGCUUACGGCGCGCACAGACCUUGGCAUCGAGUUCGUGGAGGGCUGGCAGCUCACGCGCAUCGCAGUCGCGAUUCUGCUGCCUGUGAUUGCAUCUCUGUUCCUGGGUGUGUUCUACUCAGUGUUCACUGGAGACGUGUCUGAUGCGUUUACUAUCGCUGGAUACAUGACCUCUGCGUACUCGGUGUGCUUGGUUCUGCUAGGGCUCCUGAACUUCGUCGAGUUCUAG